UUUGGGUUAGUUCAUUCAUUACCCGAACAAGGUUUCCUUCUCAGCUACCCUCCGCCGGAUGAUGAGUGAGCCCACCUCACACACCACUGACAGAUCGUCGCCCAUACCGGCAACUUGGUCAGAGUUAUGGCUGGGGUCCUGGCGCAGUCGAGGAAUGUACCAGCUAUAGUGUCUGGCCAGAGGUAUGGCGGCUCCAGUGGCUCUGCAAAGUCGAGGAGAACCGUGAAAAUGAUGUCCGCUCUAAAACCACCCAGUGUAAGGAUGAGGGGCUUCUCCGGUCUUAGAGGAUCCAACACUUUGGACAACUUGUUGAAUUCAAGCCCCGACUUUCGCUCUAGGGUGGCAAAUUCAAUCUCCUUUCGCAGGGGAAAGGCAAGCCGUGGUGUAGUCAGGGCUAUGUUCGAGCGCUUCACUGAGAAAGCGAUCAAAGUCAUUAUGCUUGCUCAAGAGGAAGCACGGAGGCUGGGUCACAAUUUCGUGGGGACAGAGCAAAUUCUUCUGGGUCUUAUCGGCGAAGGCACUGGUAUUGCUGCUAAAGUCCUCAAGUCCAUGGGAAUCAAUUUAAAAGAUGCACGUGUUGAGGUUGAAAAGAUUAUUGGGAGGGGAAGUGGAUUUGUUGCUGUGGAGAUUCCUUUCACUCCGCGUGCAAAGCGCGUCUUGGAACUGUCACUGGAAGAAGCUCGGCAAUUAGGCCAUAACUACAUUGGGUCUGAGCACUUGCUUCUUGGAUUGCUUCGUGAGGGUGAGGGUGUGGCUGCUCGUGUUCUUGAGAACAUGGGUGCUGAUCCUAGCAACAUUCGCACACAGGUUAUUAGGAUGGUGGGUGAGAGCACCGAGGCUGUUGGUGCUGGUGUUGGUGGAGGAAGUAGCGGCAACAAAAUGCCAACGCUUGAGGAGUAUGGAACCAAUUUGACUAAGAUGGCAGAGGAGGGAAAAUUGGAUCCCGUUGUUGGAAGGCAGCCGCAAAUAGAACGAGUUGUCCAAAUUCUUGGUCGCCGAACCAAAAAUAAUCCCUGCCUUGUUGGAGAACCUGGUGUUGGGAAGACUGCAAUUGCCGAAGGUCUUGCUCAGCGUAUUUCAAGUGGUGAUGUCCCUGAAACAAUCGAAGGGAAGAAGGUCAUUACCUUGGACAUGGGUCUUUUAGUUGCUGGAACAAAGUAUCGUGGAGAGUUUGAAGAGAGAUUGAAGAAGCUAAUGGAGGAAAUUAAACAGAGUGAUGAAAUUAUACUCUUCAUCGAUGAGGUGCAUACUCUCAUUGGAGCAGGGGCAGCAGAGGGGGCUAUUGAUGCUGCAAAUAUCCUAAAGCCCGCUCUGGCACGAGGUGAACUGCAGUGUAUUGGGGCCACCACACUGGAUGAAUACAGGAAGCACAUUGAAAAGGACCCAGCCUUAGAAAGACGUUUCCAGCCUGUCAAAGUUCCUGAGCCGACCGUAGAUGAAACUAUUCUGAUUCUGAAGGGACUUCGAGAGAGAUAUGAGAUCCAUCACAAGCUUCGUUACACUGAUGAAGCCUUAGUAUCUGCUGCACAUCUCUCUUACCAGUACAUAAGUGACCGUUUUCUGCCUGACAAAGCCAUAGAUUUGAUUGAUGAGGCGGGUUCUCGGGUUCGGCUUCGUCAUGCACAGCUCCCUGAGGAGGCCAGAGAGCUUGAGAAAGAACUCCGGCAGAUCACGAAGGAGAAGAAUGAGGCUGUUCGCAGUCAGGAUUUUGAGAAGGCUGGAGAGUUACGUGAUCGAGAAAUGGAUCUUAAGGCACAGAUAUCUGCAGUGGUUGACAAAGGCAAAGAGAUGAGCAAGGCUGAGACUGAGGCUGGGGACGAUGGUCCUUUUGUUACUGAAGUGGACAUUCAGCACAUUGUCUCUGCUUGGACUGGCAUUCCAGUAGAGAAAGUGUCAAGUGAUGAGUCAGAUCGCCUCCUCAAAAUGGAAGAGACCCUGCACAAGCGAGUAAUUGGACAGGACGAAGCAGUCAAAGCCAUUAGCCGUGCCAUCAGGCGAGCUCGUGUUGGACUCAAGAACCCUAAUCGUCCGAUUGCCAGUUUCAUCUUUUCUGGCCCAACCGGUGUUGGGAAGUCGGAACUUGCAAAAGCACUGGCGGCUUACUACUUUGGGUCUGAAGAAGCCAUGAUCCGACUUGACAUGAGCGAGUUCAUGGAAAGACACACAGUCUCCAAGCUAAUUGGUUCCCCACCUGGUUAUGUUGGAUAUACAGAAGGUGGUCAGCUCACUGAAGCUGUUCGUCGGCGUCCUUACACAGUGGUCCUUUUUGAUGAGAUAGAGAAGGCCCACCCGGAUGUCUUCAACAUGAUGCUUCAAAUUCUUGAGGAUGGAAGAUUGACAGAUAGCAAGGGGAGAACUGUUGAUUUCAAGAAUACACUUCUCAUAAUGACGUCGAAUGUUGGGAGCAGUGUAAUAGAGAAGGGAGGCCGCCGGAUAGGAUUUGAUCUUGAUUAUGAUGAGAAGGAUAGCAGUUACAACCGCAUCAAGAGCCUAGUGACGGAGGAGCUGAAGCAAUAUUUCCGGCCAGAGUUCUUGAAUAGAUUAGAUGAAAUGAUAGUGUUCCGUCAGCUUACUAAGUUGGAGGUGAAGGACAUCGCUGACAUCAUGCUUAAGGAGGUGUUUGAGCGGCUGAAAGCAAAGGAGAUUGAACUUCAAGUGACGGAGAGAUUUAGGGACAUGGUGGUGGAGGAAGGCUACAAUCCAAGCUAUGGUGCCAGACCUCUGAGGAGAGCAAUAAUGAGACUAUUGGAGGACAGUAUGGCUGAGAAAAUGCUUUCCGGGGAGAUCAAAGAGGGUGAUUCUGUCAUUGUGGAUGUCGAUUCUGAUAAGAAUGUGACGGUGCUCAACGGAAGCAGCGGUGCUCCAGAAGCUAGUUUCUCUACGCCAUGAAAAAGUAUACUGAGAUCAAAGCCGGGGUUGUGUUUGAAGGGGCCAUCGAGGCUGGUGGUGAAACUUUAGUCCGCGGAUUUUUGGUCGGCAUUCGAGCUUGUAAGUCUUUGGCACGACAGCAAGUAGCACCAACAGCUUUUAGAUGUGCACUGCCGGUUAGCGGAUAGGCGGAUCUGUAAUACAGCAAGAGUCAGAAAGAGGUCAUGUUUAAGUUAGUUCUAUUAAUGAUUUGUGAUGGUUUGACAAUUAGCAGGCGUGAGAACGGCCACUCGAACUCGAAAUGUUGUCUUAGCUUGGAGACAUAUUCAUAAGACAUCUGCUGUACAACCACAUCUCCUUCCUAUGUUGUGAUGUUCACCAAUAAUACAAAGUCGUGAAUGAAUUCCUCUCUUGUA